AUGCUUAGCGUCGCCGUCUUCUUCUGCGUUUGCUCGGCGGGGAUCCUCUCCGCUCGGGGGGAGCGCCACAACGUGACGAACCACGUGUACUUCGACAUGGACGUGGGCGGGGAGGCGGCGGGUCGGAUCGUGAUCGCGUUGUUCGGGGCGACGCCGAAGACGGCGAGGAACUUCCUCACGCUGGCGACGACGGGGCACCGGGGUCGGUCGUACAGGGGCUCGGGGUUCCACAGGGUCAUCCCGAGGUUCAUGAUCCAGGGGGGGGACAUCACGAAGGGGGAUGGCACGGGGGGGUUCAGCAUCUACGGUGAGAAGUUCCCGGACGAGAACUUCGACGUCAAGCACAGCGGGCCGGGGUUCCUCAGCAUGGCGAAUUCGGGGGAGGAUACAAACGGCAGCCAGUUCUUCAUUACGACAGCGGCGACCCCCUGGCUCAACGGCCGUCAUGUCGUCUUCGGAAAGGUCGUGGAGGGGAUGGCGGUGGUGCACACGAUCGAGAAGUUGAAGACCGACAGCAAUGACCGGCCCCUCAAACCGGCCGUCAUCCGGGAUUCCGGGGAGCUCCCGCUCAGAAAGUCCUACCUCCUCUCUGACGAUCCUUACGAGUGAGAUCCUCCACCGUGGAUGCAGUUCUUCCCCCCCCCCCCACACAUCCUCUUUCCCUUCCAGCAGCGAGCUCGUACGCACUGUAGGUAGUCACCCUCCUCGGCACACCCUCGAGAUGUGGUUUAAGAUGUGACAUGACAUUUGCUCGUUUCGUUCCUGAUGAUGUGCUCGUUCUCGUACAGCCUGUGGGUGUGGGCAAGGAUGGCGGCCGUGCCUCUGGCUUUCUCAAUGUUCAUUGUUGGCAUCUUUCAGUACUUUCUUUAUCAGAUGAGGGAGAAGAAACUCCAAUAAACUCAUCAUGCUUACCGAGAGCUUCACGCGUACGACUGGGUGUAAAAGGGUACCCGUCUUCACAAUAUCUUUCAUUAUGCAUUUCAAUGGCUCUUUCCUCUAGAUGGAAUCAAAAAUUUCCCAUUUCUGAAAACAUGUACGUCUGGUAAAUAAAACACGGUUUUAUUCUGAAAA